AUGGUGGUUCCGGCAUUUGUUAAGCUGUCUGAUACGUGGCAUAGUCAUGUGCGUCCUCCCAAAUUUAUGUACAGGAUGGUGUUUCCGGCAUUUACCGGUUGUCUUGUGCGGUCGUCCAUAAGUCAGUGCGUGGACAGGCAAAUCGUGGGCAUAAACAAGACCGAUGACGUGACAUACCUUUUGAGUGACCAGGCACUCUUUAUUGAUCAUUAA